AAUCCUUCACUCAAGACGGCCAGUGAAGAUGGCUCCUACGUGUUUAACGUGUAUUUCAUCCGACUGGCGUCCAGUCUGAUCAACAUCAUCAGUGAUGUAGUGAGCCUGGUCCUCUGCGUGCUCAUCAUCUGCAGCAAGUACUCGCAUCUGCUCAAACGCGAGACCAUGAAGAUGAUCCUCCUGCGCCGAUUCCGGGUCCUGAUCCUCAUGGUGUUCCUCAUCGCGUGCUCCAUGCACAUCAUGAUCGACUUGUUACCCAAGCUGGAGAGGCACGGAGGAGGCGGCGGAGGCUGCUCGUGCUCCAACGUGCCCAGCGAGCAGCCUCAGAGCUGGGGAGGGAAGCAGCUGCUGCAGGGCUGGCCCAGCAGCAGCAGCAGCAGCAACAAGCACACCCUCCGGAUCCUGCAGGACUUCAGCAGCGAGCCCAGCUCCAACGGGUCCUCCCCGGAGAGGAGCAAGGCUGCGGGGGAGGGAGCGCGCGGCGGGGCUGAGCGCCCCGGCGGCCAGAGGCAGCUGAGCGCACGGAGCGGGCGCGCGCCGGACAGGAGCUCCAGGCUGUCGGCUCUGUUCGAGCAUCCUUUAUAUAAAAAGUCUCCUCCGCCUCUGACGGACGAGGACACGCUGUUCAACGUCAACACGGACAUCAGGUUUGACCCCAAAGCUGCAGAGGAGGAGGCAUGGACUGGGGAGGGCACCGUGGAUGAGUUCAGCCCGACAGUAGAGCUGAUGGCCGAGUCGUACCCCAACUGGCUCCGCUUCCACAUUGGGAUUAAUCGAUACGAGCUGUACUCCAGACACAACCCGGUCAUCGACGCCCUUCUGAAGGACCUGGUGACCCAAAAGAUCACCAGCGUUGCGAUGAAGUCUGGAGGCACUCAGCUGAAGCUCAUCAUGACCUUCCAAAACUACGGCCAGGCUCUCUUCAAACCCAUGAAGCAGACCCGGGAGCAGGAGACCCCACCAGACUUCUUCUACUUCUCCGACUUCGAGCGACACAACGCAGAGAUCGCUGCCUUUCAUCUGGACAAGAUCCUGGACUUCCGUCGGGUUCCUCCUGUCGCUGGCAGGCUGGUCAACAUGACCAAGGAGAUCAGAGAUGUCACACGAGAUAAAAAGCUCUGGAGGACCUUUUUCAUUUCACCAGCCAACAACGUGUGUUUCUACGGCGAGUGUUCGUACUACUGCUCCACUGAGCACGCUCUGUGUGGGAAGCCUGACCAGAUCGAAGGAUCCCUGGCCGCCUUCCUCCCUGACCUGGCCCUCGCCAAACGCAAGACCUGGAGGAACCCGUGGAGACGCUCCUACCACAAACGCAAGAAGGCCGAGUGGGAGGUGGAUCCUGACUACUGUGAGGAGGUCAAACAGACCCCGCCGUACGACAGCGGGAGGAGACUGCUGGACAUCAUGGACAUGACCAUCUUUGACUUCCUCAUGGGAAACAUGGAUCGGCACCACUACGAGACAUUUGAAAAGUUCGGUAACGAGACUUUCAUCAUCCAUCUGGACAACGGCAGAGGCUUUGGAAAGCACUCUCAUGAUGAGAUUUCCAUCCUGGUGCCUCUGACUCAGUGCUGCAGAGUGAGGAAGUCCACCCACCUGCGCCUGCAGCUGCUGGCCAAGGAAGAGUACAAGCUGUCUGUGCUCAUGGCUGAAUCCAUGGAGCGGGACCGACUCACACCCGUCCUCAUCCAGCCACACCUGGACGCCAUGGACAGACGUCUGCGCCUGGUGCUAAAUGUUCUGUCUGAGUGCAUAGAAAAGGAGGGUUACAGUUAUGUGGUGGAGGACGACCUCCAGGAGAACCAAGGACCGGACCACGCCCACAUUGGCCCCGGACAGAGGUAGCCAGGGGGUGCGACUGGCCCGUUUGGGCUGACUCUCUGGAGAAAGGACUCUGGAGUGAUCGAAUCCAGUCUUUGCGGUGCACACGCGAUCUGUGCUGAAUUUCAUCUGAGGACGAGCUCCCCCGCCCCCCACCCCCUGCCUGAGGUGAUCGAAGCUGUCGCUGGAAUGAAGGCCUGCUGGAUAGGACGGGACUUUGACCCAACUGUGCAGUGGAGCUGCGUGGAUGUAUCCAGGAGACUGGACAGAACUGAACCACCGCUUGUCACCUUAAAAAUAUCCGACCCCGGCCGCGACGUAGGAUAGCAUCACAACCGACGACCCAAACAAAAGCCAACUUGCAGCAGCAACUAACAGUUAAAGUGUUGCAGGAGACACUUCUGGGUGUAAGGACCCUUCUGUUGGAUUCAGUGAAUUCUGAGGGCCUGGUACCGAGUCUCCAGAACUAAUGCAAAAAGACAGAGCUGGAUCAAAAUUGUGGGUUUUUUUCCCUAAAAAAUGUCCUGUUGCAUAGUUUAUUUUUAAAUGUUCUUUCUUUCAAACUGUUUAGUUAUUCUUGAUGGAGAUUUUUGAUCGGAGUGCAGGUUUACUCCUGGAUAAUUUAAUUUAAUUUUUAUUUUUCUUCCCUAAACUGACAGACGUCCUUGAAAGAAUAUGAGAGUAUUUAUUACAAUUUGUAUUUAUUGUUCGAAACCAGUGCUCAUCACAACCUUCUGUUACAGCACACGAAAAUGUUCACCCACGUGGGUGUACUUUCUUAUUCCACCAGAGGGCGCACUGAGCAUGCGCAAACAUAUGAGCUCAUUCCACCCCUGUAAAAAACAAAACUGGCCAAUGAAUUCUCACCUUUGUUUACAAUAAUAAUCCUUUUUUUUCCUUCACUGCUACAAACCUAAGGUUAAAUUUCUGGCUCCAAAAGCCAGAAUGUGACACUACUUAUUUUAAUUUUUAUUUCUUUGUAAUGUAUUUGAUGUCCAAGAUGUUGCUGUUGUGAACAGCGUUAUUUUCAAGGAUGUAUAUUUCAUUCCUCUCCAACAGCCGACAGCUGUUGGUGUCAAUCAUCAGUCGCUGGGCUGACAGUUAAUAUAUACAGUAGGAAAAAUCUAGUGCCUGUGCAAUGAUAGAAAUACUUGAAUGUCUGGUUUCAUAGCAGAAAGGGUACGAGCUAUAGAUAUAAAGAUAACAGAUGUCUUCAUACGUGUACGUGCUGACUUCUUGGGUUUUAUAUUGGGUUUUAUUUGACGCGUUUAAGUUCCUGUAGUCCUGUCGGUAUCAGGGCAUUCAUGGAUGUAUGGGGCAAUCCACCUACAACCAAAAUGCUUCUUCUUUUUAAUGUUGGCUAAUUGUUUCUGUGGGUUUUAUUUUGUAUUUCUUUGCAACAUGGUAACAGUGCAAUAAAACAGAAUAAGCAUCAUGUCAGAGUGGACGUGUGCUCCUG